UGGAUUUUUGCAUCGUACAAGAAAAAGCAUAUGUCUAUUAUACUUUAAACAACAUUCAUGUGUAAAUAUAUGCGGUUGCGCAAGGAAAGCUUAAUUAGGCAACAAUAGUACUUGCAUAUAUUCACCGUACGUGAUUUUGCCUAAUAAAUAAUAAUACAUGUAAACAUAUGCAAUCCCUUUCUUACGUAGUAUAACCUUUUGUUAACAGGGAACUAAAGAAGGACUUGCUCUACAUUUUCCUUAUGACAAUACUAGUUUCAGUACCGAAGCAUUUGCCAAUAUGAAGGAACUGAGAUUGCUUCAGCCCAUCAACGUGCUGCUCAAUGGAGAUUACAAACAUCUUCCCAAAGAGUUACUAUGGUUGUCUUGGAGUUCCUUCCCUUUGCAGUCCAUACCAGAUGACUUUUUUAAUCUAGAUAAAUUGGUAGUUUUAGAUAUGAGUUUUAGCAAUCUGGUACAAGUUUGGGAGGGUUCCAAGUCGCUACAUAACUUGAAAACCCUUGAUCUCAGCCGUUCCUAUGACUUACAGAAAUCACCGGACUUUUCACAAGUCCCAAAUCUUGAAGAGUUGAUAUUGGAAGGGUGUGAGAGUUUGACCGAGAUUCACCCCUCCAUUGGUCAUCUUAAAAGACUUUCUUUGGUGAACCUUAAAAGUUGUUCCAAUCUUCGUUCUCUUCCAAGGGAUUUCUAUAAAUUAAAAUCUGUUGAGACUCUUCUUCUUAAUAGGUGUUCAAAAUUCAUAGAACUGCAUGAGGAUAUAGGGGAGAUGAUAUCACUGAGAACACUUGAAGCAGAUGGUACAGUCAUAAGAGAAGUACCACCUUCCAUAGUAGGAUUGAAGAAUCUCACUCGUUUAUCUCUGGACGGUACUACGGGUAUUCGAUUAUCCCUUGACCGCAUGAGCUACGUAGAGCUUAAUGGAGAAUACAAACAUCUUCCCAAAGAGUUAAUACGGUUGCGUUGGUUUGGAUGCCCUUUAAAGUCCAUACCGGAUGACUUUUUUAAUCAAGAUAAACUAGUUGUUUUAGAUAUGCGGUGGAGCCAACUGGUACAAGUUUGGGAAGGUUCCAAGUCACUACAUAACUUGAAAAUCCUUGAUCUCCGCUGUUGCCGUUCCUUACAGAAAUCACCGGACUUUUCACAAAUCCCAAAUCUUGAAGAGUUGAUAUUGGAAUACUGUAUUAGUUUGUCCGAGAUUCACCCCUCCAUUGGUCAUCUUAAAAGACUUUCUUUGGUGAACCUUAAAAGUUGUUCCAAUCUUCGUUCUCUUCCAAUGGAUUUCUAUAAAUUGAAAUCUGUUGGGACUCUUCUUCUUAAUGGAUGUUGGAAAUUCAGAGAACUACAUGAGGAUAUAGGGGAGAUGAUAUCGCUGAGAACACUUGAAGCAGAGCAAACAGCCAUAAAAGAAGUACCACCUUCCAUAGUAGGAUUGAAGAAUCUCACUCGUUCUUGUAAUUCAAGAAGGCCAUACCUCCACUCACUCUGAGAUACAAAGGCAUCUGUUUCUUCUUCCCUAGGGUUUUCGUCUGCAAGACCAGCUUUGAUUGGGGAAGCGUCACUUUUAUAGUCCGUAAUAAUUCUCAUCUCACUUUCUUCACUCACAACAUUUUUGGUCUGCAUAAAGAACAUUACUACGUUUAGCUUCGUAAAGUUAUAUUUGUAAGGU